GUGGCGCGCGCUCCUGUCGCGAGCCGGACACUGCAACCCGUGGCCGCGCGCUGAGCAACAUAACGCAGAGAGGAUCAGCGCGCACGGAAUACUGGACGCAAACCGAGCGCUCCGGAACCAUAUCAGACAAGAAGGGGUGUGUUUACCCCUAAUAAAAACCUGGAAUAUCCAGAUCCAGAAUCAUAAAGUCCCGGAUAAUCAUUCGGUUUGUUUGUGCCCGAGCGCGCUGACUGAGUGAAUGAGAUGUCGGUGCGGGCAGUGCUGCGCUCCUGUGCCGGGUGGCUCUCCUUCCUCCUGCUCGCCUUUGUCCCGCAGCCAGCGGUCACAUCUCUCCGAUCUGCACACGACGUGGACGAGUGUGUGGAGACCACCGACAACUGCAGCAUCGACGCUAUCUGCCAGAACACACUGCGAUCGUACAAGUGUAUCUGCAAGUCCGGUUAUAAAGGAGACGGAAAGCAUUGUGAAGAUAUUGACGAGUGUGCGAGCGAGUAUAACGGAGGAUGUGUCCACGAGUGCAUCAACAUCCCGGGGAACUACAGGUGCACGUGUUACGAUGGCUUCCGUCUAGCCCACGACGGUCAUAACUGCCUGGAUGUGGACGAGUGUGUGGAGGGCAACGGCGGCUGUCAGCAGGUGUGUGUGAACAUGAUGGGAAGCUACGAGUGCCGCUGCAAAGAGGGCUUCUUCCUCUCUGACAACCAGCACACCUGCAUCCAGCGGCCCAAAUUGCGUAUGAAUGGAACGAAGGAUAACCCGAGCUGCAUGGACAAGAACCACGGCUGUGCACAUAUCUGCAGGGAAACCCCAAAAGGAGGCAUCGCCUGCGAGUGCAGACCAGGAUUCCAGCUCACCAGAAACAACCGCGACUGCAAGUUGACGUGUAACUACGGUAACGGCGGCUGUCAGCACAUCUGUGAGGAGACGGACCACGGGCCACGCUGUUCCUGUCACAUGAAGUUUGCCCUGCAUACCGACGGCAAGACAUGUGUAGAGGAAAGGAGUAUCCAGCAGCAGCUACAUCAGCCACAGCUGUUACCUAAUGAGACGUGUGCAGUGAACAACGGUGGAUGUGACAGUACGUGUCAUGAUGCUCUAACAGGAGUGCGCUGCAGCUGCCCGGUCGGAUUCACCCUCCAGCCUGACCGCAAGACCUGCAAAGACAUUGAUGAAUGCCGAAUGGGGAACGGCGGCUGUGACCACAUCUGCAGGAACACAGUGGGAAGCUUCGAGUGUAGCUGCAAGAAGGGCUACAAGCUGCUGACCAACGAGAGGACCUGUCAAGACAUUGAUGAGUGUUCGUUUGACCGGACGUGUGACCACACCUGCUUGAACUCUCCGGGCAGUUUUGAGUGUCACUGUCAGAAAGGCUACAUCCUGUACGGAGUCGCUCACUGUGGAGAUUUUGAUGAGUGCAGUGUAAACCAUGGUGGCUGUAAGCAUGGCUGUGUGAACACACUGGGCAGCUACGAGUGUACGUGCCCACCAGGAUCCCGACUGCACUGGAACAAGAAGGACUGUUUUGAGGUUUUGAAGUGUGCAGCCAACCUGGUGGCUCCCAAAGCGAUGCUGUCCUGCAGCAAGACGGGCAAGAAAGAAAGCUGUUCAUUGACCUGUGCAUCCAAAGCGCAUUACCUGUCAGAGUCUGACAGCAGUUACACAGUCAGCUGCGGCGUCCCUGUCAUCCGAGGAAAAACUCAGAGCAGAAUAAACUCCAGCAGCAGUCAGAGCUGCGUAGAGACUCUGACUGCCCCAGUGAAGCAGACGGCCUCGUUCCGAAUCAAGAAUGCCAAAUGUCACCUGCACCCCAAACUCCGGGGACGAGUGGAUGACGGAGGCAAGCAGAUUGGACCAGGUGGCCAGCUCUGCAACAACUGCCAAGUCACCUUCGUCAACCUGAAGUGCGAGUCCUCCAAAAAGGCCAGGGGUCGGCGCACACGGAACCCAACGAACAAAGAGAUCCUGCGGAUUACUCUGGAACUGGAAGCGGAAAUCAAGACGAGUGAUACGACUGGGAGCUGUGACCUGAACUGUGUAAGGAAGCAGAUGGAGCAAAAGAUGAGAUCUUCCAUCAAAGCUCUGAAGAAAUCCAUCAACCAGGAGAGGUUCCUCAUCCGUGUAGCUGGACUGGAGUACGAGGUCGCUCAGAAGGUGUCACAAUCCACAGAGAGACAGGAGAACUGUGGACCCGGGCGAGAGAAGGACAGCGGGCGAUGUGUCAGAUGUUUGCCUGGUUCGUAUUAUCAUGGUGAAAUGGAGCGCUGUGUUCAUUGUCCUCCCGGGACUUUUCAGGAGCGUGAGGGUCAGCUAGCAUGUGACCUUUGCCCUGGAGGGGAUCGCCACGGCCCACCAGGAGCCCGCAACAUCACUUCGUGCUCUGGUCAGUGUCUAGCAGGAUAUUACUCAAGCGAUGGGUUUAAGCCAUGCCAGCCCUGCCCCCGGGGCACCUACCAGUCUGACCCUGGGAGAACGCUCUGCUUUUCCUGUGGAGGUGGCCUCGACACUAAGAGAGACGGAUCGAGCUCGUUCCAUGACUGUGAAGUCAAAGUGUCCUGUCCUCCGGGACAUUACUACAACACCUCGGUGCAUCGGUGUAUUCGCUGUCCUGUGGGAACCUACCAGACCGACUUCAAACAGAACUACUGCAUCACCUGCCCUGGAAACACAACUACAGACUUCGAUGGUGCAACCAGUGUAUCUCAGUGCAAGAAGAGGGAAUGUGGCGGUGAAAUCGGAGAGUACAUCGGGUACAUCGAGUCUCCAAACUACCCCGGAGAUUACCCUGCCAACGUGGACUGUAUAUGGACCAUCAACCCUCCCAGCAAGCGCAAAAUCCUAAUCGUUGUACCAGAGAUCUUUCUCCCAUCUGAGGAUGAUUGUGGAGAUGUGCUAGUCAUGAGAAAGAACUGGUCAGUGACCUCCAUAACCACGUACGAGACGUGUCAGACGUACGAGCGUCCCAUCGCCUUUACAGCUCGGUCUCGCCGCCUCUGGAUCAAUUUUAAAUCCAACGAUGCCAACAGUGCUCGUGGAUUUCACAUUCCUUACGUCACGUACGAUGAGGAUUAUGAGCAGCUAGUGGAAGACAUUGUGAGGGAUGGAAGACUUUACGCCUCAGAAAAUCAUCAAGAAAUCCUAAAGGACAGGAAAUUAAUCAAGACGCUCUUCGACGUGCUGGCACAUCCGAACAACUACUACAAGUACACGGCUCGAGAUUCCAACGAGAUGCUCCCGCGAUCCUUCAUCCGACUCAUCAGCAGCAAAGUGUCGGCCUUCCUCCGACCGUACAAGUAGCGCUGGAGCUCACUUCACACACACGAUCCAGCCGACUCAUUUCAGUCUCCAGGACUCCGCACACGCUUUGUACACAAAUCAGACCAGGGUAACCAUGAUAGAAGCAACUUUAACUCCUUCACUAUGCAGAUUUGUUUAUUUUAUCAGUCAUCUCUGAUUAGGACAGGGUGUGAGGGUAAACGGUCGGAUCAUUCAUUUGACUCGAGGGUUUUUUAUGUUUGUCGCCACUCUUUGGGUGUUUGUGUGUUUGUUGGUGAUUUGAAUGUGUGUUUGUAUAUUUUAAUAUCCCAGUGAGCACUCGCUGUCUUAAUUAUCCAGCCCUCCCACAUAAUACAUAUUUCUGGAGGUUUUAUGUAUAUCUAGUCAUUUCCAGUUCCCCGAUUGCUCCACCACCGUCCAGACCAAGGAGCUGCAAACUAUCAUGCACCUCAGUGGUUGCAUUUGCACCAGCAGUAACAGACCCAGUCGACCCUCCCUCUAUCAGGCAUGGCUGAUUGUGCCUGCUGAAAUGCGCACAGGUUGAUAGCAUGGCUGAGAUCCGAGUUAGUGAUGUUGUUUUAUAAGACUACAUAACUUUCUUGAAUGUUAAAUUUAGCCACACAAUUGGAAUGUCAAUUGGGGACAUCAAUUAAAUGCAAAUACAAUAUUUAAAAUCAUUACAAUUGGUUAGAUAGAGUACAUUGUGUUCUUGUGAAAGGCCGAUGGUGUAACUACAGGCAGUGGAUGCUGAGAGGCACUAGCAUCUAAGAUCUGUGUAGGGUUUAAUAUACCAGCCUCCAACACACUUCAAAGGAACCCUAACUAAGUAAUGCAAGUAACUUACAUUGCCAUAUUUAUUAUUUACUUGCUGAUUACCUGCUGAUCAGAAUCAAGGUGGGUCCAGAGCCCACCUGGCAACAUUGGGCGCAAGGCUGGAAUUCUGUCCGGCCCAUCUCACACUCACAUGGCAUUCUUCAGAGCGCUGAGAGGACAGGCCCUAUUAUCCAACAAUCAUGUUAACUGAUGUGGGGAGAACAUACUAAAACUCACCUGAACCUGAAGCUAAACGAGCGCCACACUUUCUGCUUCACCAUAGUAACGAUUUUAUUUAUUAACAUAAAUUGUAGUGAGCACGGGUCCAUCAUAGAACAAACAAAAUCUUAGCAAUGCAGUCUUAUCCUGUAGUUACCUUUGAACCCACGCCCAAACAUGGCGUGAAUGGCAGCACAAGAAUUUAUAAAGUAAAUGACAAGUAGAGAAACCUUUAAGGCUUGAUUGGUUAAAUUUUUUCUUGUUUACAAAACGUAGAUCAUACAUUUUAUAUAACCUGUUCCGUCCUUAAAUCGCUGACUGCACCUUUAAUGGUUUAUGUGCUCACUGGGAUAUCCAUUAAGGGACUCGAUGGAUUUUUGAGAAAUUCAGAUGAGUGGAGAAAUGAAGUGUGUGUGUUAAAGGUGUGCUAUAAAUUUGUGACUUUUAUAUUUACACAACGGUUCUUAAAAGCCCCUCACUAUGCAGUUAAAAGCACCAGAAUUCAUGUAUGUCAUCCAUCUUACUUCAUAUAAUACAUUUUACAUUGUUAGUAUUACCGUGUUGCAGCUCUUAGAGCACCUUUAAUCUUGCUGCCAUGCUGUUAAAACAGUACAUCUCCAUCUGC